AGAGACAACAUGCCCGAACCCGCCAAAUCCGCGCCCAAGAAGGGCUCCAAGAAAGCCGUCACCAAGACCGCCGGCAAAGGAGGCAAGAAGAAGAGAAGGACCAGGAAGGAGAGCUACGCCAUCUAUGUCUACAAAGUGCUCAAGCAGGUCCACCCCGAUACCGGGAUCUCCUCCAAGGCCAUGAGCAUCAUGAACUCCUUCGUCAACGACAUCUUUGAGCGCAUCGCGUCCGAGGCUUCCCGUCUGGCUCAUUACAACAAGCGCUCCACCAUCACCUCCAGGGAGAUCCAGACCGCCGUGCGCCUCCUGCUGCCCGGUGAGCUGGCCAAGCACGCCGUGUCUGAGGGAACCAAGGCGGUCACCAAGUACACCAGCUCCAAGUAAACAGCUCUGCUGUUGACACACCAACCCAACGGCUCUUUUAAGA